AUGAUCACCGGCACCUCCCAGGCUGAUUGUGCGGUGCUUAUCAUUGACUCCACCACUGGUGGCUUUGAGGCUGACAUCUCCAAGGACGGCCAGACCCGUACUCUUGGUGUGAGGCAGAUCGUCAAGGAAGUGGGUUCCUACCUGAAGAAGGUGGGGUACAACCCGGACAAGAUCCCCGUCGUGCCCAUCUCUGGGUUCGAGGGUGACAACAUGAUCGAGAGGUCGACGAACCUGGACUGGUACAAGGGCCCCACCCUCCUUGAGGCGCUGGACCAGAUCAACGUAUAG